UUGCCAAUGCUCCGUGUCUGAUGCUCCCAAAAAUGUAUAAAAGGGAGUGUUCAUACCCUUCAAACCUCACUUUCUCCUCAUCAUUCACACAAGCUCCAAAGCCUCAAGCCUCAAGCCUCAAGCCUCAAGCCUCAAGCAUUCUUCAGUUAAACAGCAAUAACUCUUUUUCCUCAACUUCAAAUCUAUCACAAUGAUGUUCUCUGCCGUUGUCCUCUCUGUCCUCGCCAUCUCAGGCAGUGCCCUCGCUUCUCCUGCUGAGAAGCGCGCCGGAGUUACCUGCGGCGGUGUCGGCAACUAUGCCCCCAUCAACGAUGUCAAGACUUGCAUCGACUUCCUGAACAGCAAGGGCACCGCCGACUGCGGUGUGGGCAAUGGCUCUGGUGGCUUCUGUGUCCACGGACAGGCCGUGAUCCUUGGUAGCGGUUCCGGCAGCACUCCAUGCCAAAACGUGGCCGCCGCCGCCCAGGCCAUCCUCGGAAGCUGCACCACCGCUAACCAAUACGUUGGAGGAACCUCCACUGUCGGCGGUGCUAGCAGCGUCGUUGUCACUGUCAGGCACUCAUAGAUUAUCUAUUACCCAUGUCAGGAUGAGUUUGCGGUAAACGCCAGCCUGAUAUCUACCCGGUCUGAAUGUAUGUAAAGCCACGGUUUUAUAGGGGAAGUAGCUAGCGAUGGAUGGAUGUCACUCUUUAGAUUACGGAACUUGCAAGAAGC